CCGGCGUGCUGGUCAAUUCAUGCGGCUGACCUGUCCUUUAAGAGCCAGAUCUUUGUGCACGGCCUUUUCCGAUUUGCGACCAAAAAAUCGAGCUAUUGGGGAUCGCUGACGGCGUCCACUUUGGCAAUGGCAUAUCAAACCUGUUGGAGAAGCAAGCUCCCUAUAUAAUACUCCAGGAGGAGGCAAAUGUUUAGAUCUAUUUUGGAGGGGGGGUGUACAUACUUACCGUUCUCAAAUUGUUGUUGGCUUUGAAAACGACAGUCGCUACAAAAAGUCACAAAUGUAAAGAAUCAACUAUGGUUGCAUUCCUCUCGUACAAUACGUAUAUAUAUAUACAUGCUCAAUUCGGUCCAUUUCAAGUUCAACCCCUUACUAACGUGCGUUGACAAUGACUAUCAAUGACUGCUCCCUCGCAGUAAGAGGCCCAAGGCGUUGCGGAGACGUUUUUCUCAGCCUACAGCCAAGCUUAGAUGAAGCGUCCAGCUGAGGAGAUGGAUUCAGAGGUGCCUUUGAAUCCGGAGACCCCUUUUGAACAUCUUGGUUCCAAGGAUGGUGUUGAGGAGCCUGCAGCCAAGAGGCAAGCAUCACCAUGCUCCACAGCAGCAUCAACACCAGAGCUGGGACCAAGCACAUCGCCCGAGGCCCGAGAUCAUGCUCAUCACUCGGACUUGUGGCAACUCCCUGUGAAGGAGUUGAAGGCUCGAUUGACUUCGUUGGGCACUGACUUGAAGGGUGUCACAGAGAAGACAGAAUUGAUCAUCCUUCUGGAGCAGUUGCAACCAUCUUCGGAGGGGGUGCCGCCGUUUGAGCUGUGAGGUCUAGUGAGCAGCCAAAUCACAGGUCUGGACAGUGCACUUCGAAUCAUCCAAGCAUUCGAACACAGUGCAGCUAUGUCAGCUAUGUAUAGUGACAUAUACAUGUCAUUUUUGGCUUGCGCUGAUGUCAACAGAAAACUUUUGGGGCCCACGCCUCCGCAUUCAGGGUCAAGCUGAACAGGUGGUUGUUCAAAACAGCCAGAGUCGGUCAAAACCCUUGAACUCCCCACGAAAAAGACUGCACGC